UCUCUAAAUCCACAAUGCAAUUCAGCUGAAAUCUUUUAGCCAGCUUGCAUAGCCAAAUUUCUUGUAAAAAUAAGAAACUCUGAUUAUUAAUUAUGGCACUUAACUGGGGAAUAAUUGGGUGUGGCAAGAUCAGUCACGAUUUCGUCUCAUCCUUAUCCUCCCUCCCUCUCGGCGAACACGUCGUCGUGGGGUGUGCCGCACGAAAGUUGGAGUCCGCUCAAGAAUUCGCGACGGCUCACCAAAUUCCCAAAGCAUAUGGUUCUUAUCAAGAGUUAGUCGAGGACAAGGAGGUCACAGCCGUCUACAUCGGUGCAAUCAACCCACAACAUAAAGAUCUUUGCAAAUUAGCCAUAGCUCAUGGAAAAGGGGUCCUGUGCGAGAAGCCGCUCUGCAUCAAUGUUAAGCAGACGAAGGAACUGAUUGAUAUCGCCAGAGAGAAAAAAGUCUUCUUAAUGGAGGGUAUUUGGUCCCGGUUCUUCCCUGCAUAUCUAAAACUAAAAGAAGAACUUGCAUCCGGUUCGAUCGGAGAAGUUCUCCAAGUUUCCACCGUCUUUGGAACACUUCUCGAUCAGAAGGACCGUUGCUGCUUGAAGGAGAUGGGCGGCGGAGCGAUUCUCGACAUCGGGGUGUAUAACAUUCAACUCAUAUCGCUUAUCUUUGGUGGAGAACGACCCAUCAAGAUCGCUGCGGGUGGUCAUCUCAACGAGGACGGGGUUGACCUAAGCAGCAGCGCUACACUUAUCUAUUCCGGGGGCAGGACUGCAACAACGGUGGCUCAUGGGAGGGUGCGGAUGCAAAAUGAGGCGCAUAUAAUAGGGACCAAGGGCAUGAUUAAAGUCCCUAUGAGAUUCUGGUGCCCCACGGAGUUAGAGACGCCGUCAGGCAUACAUAAAUUCGACCUUCCUCCCACGGAUAAGGAGUUCAACUACGCUAACAGCGUCGGACUGUGUUACGAGGCUGCGGAAGUGAGGCGUUGCAUUCAAGCCGGUCUGACGGAGAGUCCUGGAAUGUCGUGGGAGGAAUCUUUGGUCGUGGCUGAAAUUAUGGAAGGGAUUCGAAAACAGGUGGGAGUCAUUUAUCCACAGGAUGAUGAGUAAAAUCGUCUAUUAAAAGGCUGAUGAUCAUCAGAAUGAUGAAGAUCUUCUAAGCCAAACUAAAUUGCCCAUAUUAAUCAUAGAAUUAUAACGACUGUUUUUAACUAGUGCAAAAAAGACUUAAUAAGGCGAAUAAAAAUAUCUAUAUUUUGAGAUAUCCU